GCCCUUCUUACUCCGUAUCCGUGCUCUGAACCCAUCCUCCCCCGGGAGUCAGUUUGUCCCUUACUUCUGCGGUGCCACACCGGCUAGUAGCCAUGAGACAAGGAUAUCAUUAUUUGUUGGAGGGCGUCCUUCUCAGCCUGAUUCUUCGAUUUCUGCCUUGUGUUUCCGCGACGACAUGCUACCUCCCAAAUGGUGAGGUGGCCCCCAGCGACCAACCUUGCUUUCCUCAGAACCCGGUCUCCUCGUGUUGUGGAGGUAGCACCUAUGUUUGCUCAACAAACAACAUGUGCGCUCACUACAGCGGAGAAUACUUUGUCAUUGGCAGCUGUACUGAUAAAACCUGGAAUUCGCCAGCCUGUCCGGGGUACUGUUUCUUCAGGGACCAUAUCCAUAACUCGGUCUUCCGAUGCUCAGCAGAUAAAUACUGCUGUGCUGAUGGCCCUACUUGUAACUGCACAACAGGCAUCAAUACGCAUGACAUUCAGGACUUUUUGCCUCCAUACGCCGAUCUUGUCGGGUCCUCUAUCACCAUCAAUACGGCUGUCGUGACAAGCUCCCUGUUCACCCCCAUUGGAGCAACUUCUACACCGAUGACAUCGGCCCCAGCUUCCACGACUGAGACGUCAUCUACAGCCUCGACUACAUCUACCAGACCAGUAUCGACAUUAUCAAACGUAUCACCAUCACCUUCAUCAACUGGAGCAACUGGGGAGGAGAAUGUCUCUGGAAAUAACAGCGGUAUGAAAAUAGGUCUUGGAGUAGGAAUCUCGGUGGGUGUGGUGGCUAUUGGCCUCCUAGCACUAUGGUACAUGAUGUGGCGACGAUCCAAAAAGAACAAGCCAAACAUCCAGACACCAUACACACAAUAUAAAUCCCCAUCCCAUAACCAGACUCACCCACUAGCUGAGAUGCCAGGUGAGCCCCCAAGACCGCCGGGGCCGAUAUAUGAGGCUCCAUGAUCAUCCGAUGAGAAUCAUUAUUUCAAGUGAUUAAAUACAGCAAUACCCGGGUACCGUAUGUGGAAUCCUACAUGCGAUCCAGAUACCCUAUUAUAGCACGACCCGUCACUCCGCAACAUCCACCAGUAACCCUCCAGAAUAUCGAAUGUAAUAGAAUAUACCUUCCAAUUUCAAAAAGAGAUUGUGGUGGAGAAUUGGGUUUUGUAAGUAUAUUGAAUUAGAGAUGUUACACAACUAGUUAGCUAUCAUUCUACAUUAUACCAUUACACCCUCAUUUUCUUGACAUUUUCUUUGUCAAAGAAGAGGUUAAUUGGAAGUGGCCAACAGAUUGCGUCGCAAAGCACGACAUUAAGAUACAUAUCACUUGCCUCAAGUCGCCAAAGGAGGAUUAAGUCGCACAUUGCCCCAACGCUGUUAUCGAACUCCCCUUAAUUCAUCAGGGACCGAUAACGCAAGUUUUGACUGAUUAAUCAAACGAUUGGAUGGGUACUUCAUUGAAAUCACCCACCCUACAGUCAACCCGGAGAGCAAGUUAGCUAGUAGAGGAGAAUGCAAUUUUACAUCGCACACUAGCAAAUCUACCAAAACUUCAUGCCCUU